AGGCUUGUAUUUGGUCCAGGAAUGUUGGAAAAACAUUACAACAAAAUAAUACAAGCUGACUCUAAACUGUAUUCUAUAAGCCAACAACCUUUUCCCUAUCAUGCUAGUAUGUACUUCAAUGAGAUUCAUUUUUCGAACCAGCUUAUUUGUUUCGAUAAUACUCCAGUCGCGCUUCCUCCACCUAUUCCUUCAAAUAAUCCUUCAGUCAUGAAUUUCUCGGGACAUAGUAUGAGCAACUCUCCAAGCAAUAUCUCUACAAGUGGAAAUAAUCCAGGUUAUUAUGAUCUUUCCUCCAUUAAUGAUGAACAACCCUACUACAUGAACGACCAAUCACAAUUCAGCCUUAUGUCGUCGGCGAACCUGGGGACUACACAUCAGCAAGCUGGUUACGUACAUUCCAGUAGUGUACAUGCGACCAUGGAAAAUAAUAUAGGACAAUAUACACUAGGCUAUGACAAUUCCACGCAGCAGAUGACACAACUUGGGAAUAAUAGUCUUCCUUUUAUGCAAGAUUUUCUUGAUCAUUCUAGUUAUGGUUAUCAGAAUCAGUAUUAUCAUGAUGCAGGAGGAAAUCAGUAUUAUCAGAAUUAGUACAGAGCAUCAGAAAAGUUCCUUCUAACGUAAUGACAGUACAAGCAAUAUAUUUCAUAGGAACUGUUUUUUUUGUAUAAUAGUCAAUUUGUGACUAGGGUUUUAGCGACCACUAUAAAAAUAAUCAAUUUGUGGUCGCAAACGUGUUUCAUUAGCUGAUAAUGACCGACGACGGAUGCUAGCUUACUUGUACGUACAUAGUUCUAUAUGCUUGAAGCUGAGGAAAAAUUGUAAGUUAGGAAGUGCAUUUUUAGGGAGUAGUUUGUGUUUAG